GAAGUUGUCCAUGUUCACACUGGCUUAGUAGUUGGUUCGCUCCUUAGUGGGGCUGGCCGGAAAAGUGAACAAAGCCCAGGUUUAGUCAGCAAGAGAAAAAGAUGACUGCGGAAAGAAGAACUCGGUGCCAUUUCUUCCUCCUAGUAUGGCCAAUGAAGAAGAUGACCCAAUUAUACAGGAGAUUGAUGUGUACUUGGCCAAAAGCCUGGCAGAGAAGCUCUACCUAUUACAGUAUCCGGUCCGGCCAGCUUCGAUGACCUAUGAUGACAUCCCUCACUUGUCGGUGAAGAUCAAACCAAAGCAGCAAAAGGUGGAAUUAGAAAUGGCUAUCGACACUCUGAAUCCCAACUACUGCCGCAGCAAAGGGGAACAGAUUGCCCUCAAUGUGGACGGAGCCUGUAGCGACGAGACCAGCACUUAUUCCUCGAAGCUGAUGGACAAACAGACCUUCUCCUCUUCCCAGACCACAACCAACACCUCCCGCUAUGCAGCCGCCGUCUACAGGAAAGGUGAGCUCCACCUGACACCCCUUCAUGGCAUCCUGCAGCUGCGGCCCAGCUUCUCCUACUUGGAUAAGGCUGAUGCCAAACACCGGGAGAGAGAAGCUGCUAAUGAAGCUGGGGAUUCUUCCCAGGAUGAAGCUGAAGAGGAUGUUAAACAAAUCACGGUUCGUUUUUCCCGCCCGGAAUCUGAGCAGGCUCGCCAGCGGCGUGUCCAGUCCUACGAGUUCCUGCAAAAGAAGCAUGCAGAGGAGCCAUGGGUGCACCUGCACUACUAUGGCAGGAGGGACAGUCGCUCUGAGCAUGAACGUCAGUACCUGCUGUGCCAGGGUCCCGGAAUGUCGGAGAACACCGAGCUCAUCAAGUCUCCCAGUGAGUACCUAAUGAUGCUGAUGCCGCCAAGCAUGGAGGAAGAGAAAGACAAACCUGUGUCUCCCAGCAAUGUUCUGUCCAUGGCCCAGCUGAGGACGCUCCCUCUUGCUGACCAGAUUAAGAUCCUCAUGAAGAAUGUGAAAGUCAUGCCGUUUGCCAACCUAAUGAGUCUUCUGGGGGCCGGGACUGACUCCACAGCCGUUCUCCGCUGCAUCCAGCAGGUGGCCAUGUUAGUUCAGGGAAACUGGGUAGUGAAGAGUGAUAUCCUCUACCCGAAGGACUCCUCAAGUCCGCACAGUGGCGUCCCGGCGGAAGUACUAUGCAGGGGCCGGGACUUUGUGAUGUGGAAGUUCACACAAAGCCGCUGGGUGGUGAGGAAGGAGGUGGCAACGGUUACAAAACUCUGUCCAGAAGACGUGAAGGAUUUCCUGGAGCACAUGUCGGUUGUGAGGAUCAAUAAAGGCUGGGAGUUCCUGCUGCCGUAUGAUGAGGACUUCAUUAAAAAGCACCCAGACGUGGUCCAGAGGCAAUAUAUGCUGUGGAUGGGCAUCCAGGCGAAAUUAGAAAAAGUCUACAGUCUAAUAAAAGAAAACAUGCCAAAGAAACCUGAUGGACAGUCAGUGCCCUCAGUGCUGGUGUCUGGGGACCAGCGGGUCCAGGCAGCCAAGGCGAAGGCCCAGCAGAACCACGUACUGCUGGAGCAGACGCUGCAGCGGCGGAAGGAGGAACUCUGGUCCACUCCGGCCCCACCUGGUGUGCGGAUCAAGGAGGAACCCAAGAGUGAGGAGGAAGACGAGGAGGAGCCCAUGGACACUUCAGCCUGCGACGGCCUCAACAAUGGGUUGGCCAACGGGGUGCACCCCGGGAGGGCCGGAAGUGAGAUGCUGAAUGGGCAUCCUCCGGGGGGCUGCGGCGAGACCGCCGUGGCGCGGGAACUGAGGGCCUUCGUGGUAGCCACGUUUCAGAGACAGUUUGUGCUCACGUUGAGUGAGUUGAAACGCCUCUUCAAUUUGCACUUGGCCAGCCUGCCCCCUGGGCACAUGCUAUUCAGUGGCAUCUCGGACAGGAUGCUGCAGGACACGGUUUUGGAUACUGGCUGCAAGCAAAUUUUGGUGCCUUUUCCCCCACAGACUGCUGCUUCCCCUGACGAACAGAAGGUCUUUGCACUCUGGGAGUCCGGAGACAUGAAUGACCAGCAUCGACAGGUUUUGCUUGAGAUCUUUUCCAAAAACUACCGAGUACGUCGGAAUCUGAUCCAGGCCCGACUGAAUCAGGAGUGUGGAGAGGAUCUUAGCAAACAGGAGGUGGAUAAAGUGUUAAAGGACUGUUGUGUGAGCUAUGGUGGCAUGUGGUACCUUAAGGGGACAGUGCAAUCCUGACAGUAGUGGGGUGCUGCCUACUUCAGUCUAUCUCGGCCCGAGGAUGGAAACCCCAGUGAGCAGAGCCAGAAGAGCUGCCUUGGCUUCAGGGGAGCACGAGGCAGGAACUGACCGACAUGUGGCCAUUGGGUAUCACACAAGCCAGUUUUUCGAGGUCAUCACAUUCAUAUCCCGUUUGCAUGGCCAGCUGAAGGCAGGGCACUCCAAGGAAGAACCCUGGAACCCUUUCUGCAGCAUCAUUUGGAAUUCCCAAUGUAUUUUGCUUCUCAUUUGGUUUCAUUCUAAUAAUAAAGUGAGCAUAUGCUGACACAGGCAGGAUGAAAAAUCAUGGUUUAAUAUUUUAUUUUGUAAUUUAAAAGCCAACAAAUCUGAAGUUUUGUUUACAAAACCAAGAAAGCGAGGUUUUUAUUUUUCUAAAUGCCUAGGAGCUGAUGCUUAGUCCUGGAUUAUCUAUCUGGUAAAGUAUCUGCAAGUUCCAUGUAACAAACCAAAUUGAACUAUUGUACUAUUGAGUUUUUACAGCCAUGUGAAGUUUUUACCUUAAAUGUAGCAACCCUCUUCUUAACUGUUUACAUGAAACAUAGCAAAAAGUAUUUGCGUAUAAAUUAUAUGAAUUCAAUUCAUAUAUCCUUUUGAUCUGUUUGCAUAACUAUGCAAAUAAAGUAAGGUAAGUACUGGA